UAAAUUGGCAACGCUGGAAACAGGUUUGACGAAAAAUUUAUUUAUAAAUCGGUUGCCAAUGCAACGGUUAGAUUUCAUCAAAACAUUAGAAAAAAAUGGAAAAGGCAAGCAAAGCGUUUCGUAGGAGUAGUGUAAGAAUAAGGUCAGCUGGGAGUGGGCACACUGACUUGCAGCUUGUAAUAUCAGAAAUUAAAGAAAUGCGAGCUGCUGCUAGGUGGUUUCAGAGUUCUCAAACUUCUGCACUUGGAGAUCUUCUGAAGUGGUCACUCCGAGGUGAGAAUAGAGCAAUACAAGAAACAGCAGCCCAACUUGUUGAGCUCAACAUGAUUUGGAGUGAUGCUCAGAAGAACUUUGCCGAUAAUUUAAAAGACUACAAGCAACAGUUUGAAUUGAUGCUGGAAGGUGAAAAUCAGGUGGAUAACUGCAAGCAAAAACUCUCCUUGGCAGAAGCAAAAGAAGCCAAAUUAAGAAAAGAAUAUAAAAAAGCUUUCAAAAGAGAGCAACCUUCUGAAAUUCAGGAAGUUGAAACUCAAUUGAAACAAGCAACUCAUGCUAGUGAAUUGGCCCAGGAAGAAAUGAGUGAAUGCUCAAAAGAGAAUGAAGCAGUGAAGCUCAUCAGAAUGAAGCAAAGCUUGCUCAAAAUAUCUGAAUCCUAUCUAGAGCUUGCCCAUAAGUGUAUUCAUGUUUUUGAAGCACAAAAAGAAGUUGCUUUGGCAUUGCCUGAUGUUCAUGAUGCCAAUGUAGAAAAUAUUAAAUAUACAGGGGCGGUUUCGGGUCGAAAAGCUGUGCUUGAAGCAAAAGAUAAGGUCGAGCGUUAUAGGAGAAAUUCUCUUUCUUCUGAAGCUGCCAGCCAACCUCCACCCUACAAUCCACAUUACUCACAAGCCGUUAAUGCGCACAGGCGAAGUAAUACUUGUCCAGAAUUUAUGCACCCUCAACAUGACAGGUCGUCUGGUUGGGGAUGGAACGCUUCCCAGCAAAUGAGCGAAGACUCCCCUCCUAAUCAGUCUAUGAAUGGAUUCUCUCGACCCGCCUCAAAUGACCGAUAUCACUAGGUGCCUCAUCUUAACAGAUUCAUCUCUCGGAACAAAAGUGUGUGGGAAUUCGUCCCACACGAACAAUAAUUUCUUUUUGUUAUGCAGGACCGAAGUACUUGUUUAAAAUUUCAUUUUGUAGCCUUGGGUGGUAUUUUUCCUGAAGUCUUUCAUGAAUGUUGUUGUUUUUCGAGUGUGCGUUCCACUCGUGACAAUUUUAAUCCUUCCAUCCAAAACUCCCUUAUAUUCGCUUUUUUUAAAGCGCUCCAUCCAAAAAUGACUUGCUGAAUAAUGACCUAAUGUGUUUACAUACGUAACACUUUAGACUAAAUUGCAUGCAAACAGUAUUUGACUUUUCAACAAGUUUCGCUUUGAUUUACCCCCGAUUUACUCAUGGCUUUCAAUAUUUUUUUCUAGUCUUUUUUCCCCGCCGCUUCAACCAAUUUGAUGUUUUAACUCAACUGUAUUUUGCCAAUUUGUUUCCUACUUUUUUUUCUAAUCAAAAUCCUACCUCCUAUCGUAAGGCACAAAAUUGUAGGGUUUUAACAUUUUCCCUUCUCAAUCUCAAACCAAGUUAUUCUGUGCUGUCCGAUGAAAUGGUGGUAAUGUAGCUUUAGCAAUAAAUUUCGAUCUUUUUUUCGAUA